AGCAACGUCCUCGCGCAGCAUUUCAAUUUAACGUCUCUGUCAGUUAAUCUGUUAAUAGCUUUAACAGUGCACAACUGAUAUAUCGCCUCUAGAAUAAUCCCCUAGACGCUUUCAUGUCUUAUUUCGUGGAAACAAUGUCGAGUUUAGACGUAAUCUGUGAAAAGAUUCACGACGCUCACGGGCCGCGAUGGGAACGCGGCGGCAUUUGCGUCGCGUGCGUCGCGGAGAUGAUGGACAGGCCGGAUGUGUCGGCGGUGCGCAAGCGCGCAGCGCUCGUGUCCGUGAUGCGCGUGGACGCGGCUCGGGAGCUGCUGUACUGCGAAGAACAGCGACGAACACACUUCAUCUCAUCAUUACUGAAAACGCUGUUCAGUGCUGUGGAUUCGUCUCUGCUGGAUCAGACUGUUCAAGUUCUGGUGCAGGUGACACUGGACGUCCCCAAUCAAGCGCUUCUGCUCUUCAUCCUGGACCAGACCCACUCACGGUGGUCUGACGGGGAGAGAGCGUCUCUGUCCUCUCUGAUGUUUCUGGGUAAACUGCUGGACGCUCAUCCUGCUCUGAGUCAGACGCUGACGUCCAGCCGCUUGUGUGUGCUGGAGUGUGUGUGCUCCGCUCUGCUGGUCUCAGACGAGGACGUGAAGGCCGCUGUGUGUUACGUGAUGUUCAGGAUCUGGAGUUCCUCCGCUGCGGUUCAGACUCUUCCAGACACACUCCGACAGCGCAUGUGUGUGUUACUGCUGCACACGCUCUCUCACACACACACCACAGCGCUCACCGUCAACUGCCUGGGGGUGGUGAAGCAGAUGUGUCAGUACUCUGAUGUCGUGUGUGUGUUGAUGAAUCUGAAGGACGGAGGGGAAGAUCCUCUGCUGUAUCAACCACUGCCGCUCAUCCUGAAGAAGCUGCUGUUGAGCGCUCAGGACUCUCUGCAGGUGGUCUCUGUGCGCUGUGUGUGUGCCGUCCUGAUUCACGCUCCUCUUCACUUCUCUUCGUCCUUCAUUCAGGCUGAUUUACCCGAGUUCCUGCUGGAGGUGAUGAGCGGCGGCUGCAGUGACGUCUUGUUGUGGUCGGUGUUCAGUUGUUUGCUGCUGCUGUCUGAAGAUCCGCUCUUCUUCUCGCAGUGCCACGCCGUCUACGGCGUGGAGCCGUUGAUUCGCUCUCUGAAAGAGACUCUGGGAAAAUCCAACACUGAGGUGCAGAAAAAAGGACUGGAGCUGCUGACGGUCAUAUUGGACAGGCAGCCUGCAGCGGUGCGUCUCUUCCCGACCGCCUCUGAGUUUUCUGCUGUGUGUGAUGUCAUCGUGGAGGGCGUGGCCUCGUCCUGUCUGCAGGUGUCAAUGUGUGCAGUGCGAGCCGCCGCCGUCCUGCUCAGGCCCAAUCAUCAGUCCAGUCCGGUUCAGCUCGCAGACGUCAGGAGGAUCGUGGAGGUGGUGAUGUCCAAACUCACUGAGCAGCAUCACAAACACAGCAGAGAGAGCAGCUCUGGCUCAAAGUCAGUGACAGCAGGAGUUUUACUGCAGACGCUCACGUGCUUCGACGCCGCCUGCAGGUUGGUGGAGGCGUGUGUGUGUGACUCGUCUCUGAAGGACGGUGUGUGUUCAUCUCAGGAGACGCUGGAGUCUGUGUGUGUGUUUCUGCUGCACUGCUGCGACGCGGCCUGCAUCCCAGCAGUGACUGGUGUGUGCGAGCGCGUCUCGUCUCCUCAGGUGCUGCAGCUCUUCCUCUCAGCUCUUUCGUGUCAGUUUUCUCUGUGUCCUGAUCACAUGACCUCCUUCUCCAGGAAGCUCGCCGCUUCUGGAUUCAUCAGACUGACUCUGGAGAGUAAAGCUCAGCUGUGUUCAGGGAACAGGAACUCAUCUCUGAAUCAGAUCUGCUGUGAUUUCCUGCUGAAGCUCUGCAUGAGUCUGAUCUCACAGGAACACACCUGCACCAGUGAGCUGCAAGAUGUGGAGCGUGUCCUGCAGGAGUCUCUGCCGUCUCUGAGCUGCUGCACGUCUGAUUGGCUGUCUGUGCUCUCUGAUUUCCCACAAUCCCUCAGAAACACUCAGCACUGCCUGAUCUACCUGCUGCACCUGUCUGUGCUGCACGGGGACAGGUUUCUGAGCGACUCGGCCGUGUUCUCCGCUCUGCUGCGGUUCGUCUCGUGUGUUCAGGAUCUCCCUGCGUCUGUGCUGAGUUCAGUGCUCUAUCUGCUGUCCGUCACUCAACACGCCGGGCCUCGUCUGGACACGGUGUGUGUGAGCGUCCUCUCUCGUGCUCUGUCCUCCUGUCCGCGGCUCUUCUCUCGCUCUCUUCCUCUCUCCGUCCUGAGCUUCAUCUUCCUGUAUCCCGAGCUCUCGGAGCGCUUCGGAGCGCCGGCUCUGGCAGGACGUCUGUCAGAGGAGACUCAGGAGCAGGAGCUGCUGGAGCUGAUCAACACACACCCUGCAGCGCUGCUGGCCACACUGGCCGUGGCGUGUGACGGCGAGUCUGCAGCGUCUCGUUCAGCCGUCGCUGUGCUGCAGUGUUUCCUGCGAUCGUCCGACAGCCUCAGCUUCAGCGGGACGUCUGAUCUCUGUGAUCAGAUCCGAUCGGUGCUGCUCGGCGUCCUGCAGAGACACACACACACAGACGGUCUGUCUGUGCUGCUGGACGUGUCGUCUGUGAUUCACUCGUCCGCUCAGAGAGAGCACACUGACUUCAGACUCCUGUACCACGUCAGUAAUCUAGCAGGAAAGCUGGACUCCAGUGACUCUGAGCUGCUGCUGUCUGUUGUCAACUUCUUGUACUGCUUCCUGUCCGUGUGUCCCUCACACGCUACUGAUAGAGCGGUGUCUCUGCUGCUGGGAAACGUCCGGCUGAUGGAGCUGCUGGAGGAGGUUUUAUCUGCCUCCUCAUCCUCAUCUUCAUCACUCUUGUGCUCCUGUCUGCUCCUGCUCUCCUCUCUCACACUCCUGCAGCACAAACACUCUGCUCAGGUUCACAGGAGCGUCAGUGUGGAUCUGCAUCAGAUAAUCAGACGACUGGCCUUCAGCAAGAGACACACGGACACACUGCUCAUCAAGUGCAGUGUGCGCUUCAUGCAGGUGUGUUUGGAUGUGGACACGUCUGCUCUGCUGUGUGUGUGUGACGCAGCACUGCAGCGACCUCUGACCUCUACAGAUGGUGCCCUUCAUCCCAUCGGACACAGCGGCGCUAUGAGCCUCAUGACCGCGCUGAGCGCACUCAUGCUAAUGACGCAGGAUCUGAUGGUCAGCGCCGCUUUGAACUGUCUGGGGUCUCUGAUGGGUUUUCUGCACAGACGGAGCGCUGACACCGCGCAGCACAUGGUGUGUCAGCCGUGGAUGCGGUUCCUGCUCUUCUCUUUACUCUCCUGUGACCAGAGACUGAGACCUGCAGCGCUGCAGCUGCUCACACAGCUGGUGUGUUUCAGCGGCAGCGUCUCACACUGGACGACUGAACUCGAGUCUGUGUGUGAAGAGACUGAGAAACAAGGAGCGACGAACCUCACUGAUGACAGCACACACACACUGAGACGGAUGCUCACACAGUGUUGUGCUCUUUCUCCUCCUGAUGAUCUGAGGAUGAGGAUGGAGGCUAUACAAGAGUCACUCAGACAUCUUCCUCCCUCUGAGAGUUCGAGCAGACACAUGCUUCGGGUUGGACGGGUCUCUGUCUGUCUGUCAGACUUCACAGUCAGCCCUCAGGACCUAUGAAACACACACACACACACACACACACACACACACACACACACACACACACACACACACACACACACACACAAACACAGUAACAUACUUCUGAUGACUUCUGUUCCUGGGGCUGUUUGCUACUGAAAUAAUUAUAUGUGCCUAUUUAUAUAUAUAUUAAUAACAAUCAGUCAUGUAAUAUUUCACAUUUGUUGUUGUUUAAAUAUUUUAUUAUAUAAUUAGUUUAGUAACAAAAAAGGUUAUGUUUAAUUAUUGCUAUUAAUAAGUAGUUACUCAGC